CCACCGUUGACCUCGUUCCAGCAGCGGAGACUCUGCUCUGCUCUUCUUCUUCCUCCCAAAAUAAUCCAGCGAUCCCAUUCCAAAAAAAAAAAGAAAAACCAUCGAUCCACACACCACCAUACCAAUCCUGCCAACACCACGCCACUCCACUUGCACGGGUUGAGAGCAAUUGCAGUCAGCCACCGGCUGCCGGGCGCUAUGGAUUUGGUGGUGGGUGCUUCGGAGUCCACCGUGAAGUCACUGCUGGGCAAGCUCGGCGGUCUUCUGGCCCAGGAGUACACGCUCAUCCGGGGCGUCGCCGGCGACCUGCAGUACAUCAACGACGAGCUGGGCACGAUGCAGUCUUUCCUCGGCGACCUCGGAGGCGCCAGCAGGGAGAAGCAGGACAAGCGGAUGAGGGACUGGACGAAGCAGAUCCGGGACCUCACCUACGACAUCGAGGACUGCAUCGACGACUCCGGCCAGCGGAUCCACACCCCGCGCUGGCUCCGCUCCGACAUCUGCUGCUACUUCCUCGUCAACAGCGCGUACGAGGUCGUCACGUGGUGGCCACGCCGCGACGUCGCCGGCAGGAUCUCCGGCCUCAGGAUGCGGGCGCAGCAGAUCAGCGAGCGCCGGCAGAGGUACGGCGUCAACAACCCCGAAAUCAAGGAUAAGAAUGCAGCUGCUGUCGACGGAUUCGACGCUGCUGGGAACCAGGACACCAGCGUCGAGCUUGUUGCCGUCAAGGACCCCGUCGGCGUCGACGAGUACAUGAGGGAGCUGGAGAGCUGGGUCACCGACAAGGCCAAGAAGGCUGGUGUUCUGUCCAUCGUUGGCUACGGGGGUGUCGGGAAGACGAGCAUCGCCACCGCCUUGUACAAGAAACUCGGGGACCAAUUCAGCUGCUGCGCCAUGGUCACCGUGUCCCAGAGCUCCAACAUUGAGGCAAUCCUGGACAGCAUAAGGAACCAAGUCAAGCCCAAGAGCAGCAAUCAGGAGCUACGACACGGUGCCUCCGACAAGAACGGCUUGGCAGCAGCCUGCCUGGACGGCCUACAAGGUCACAUCAGGCGAGGCGCGUCGGCCUUUAAGGCCAAGUGCCGAUGCCUAGGGACCUCAGAGGAGACGCAGGGCGGCACCAAGAGGAAUCAGCUCAACAACGAGCUCAGGGAUCACUUCCAGCAAAACAGUUAUUUGGUCCUAAUUGAUGAUGUCUGGGCUGCAUCAACGUUGGAGGACAUCAGAAAGGCAUUUCCUCAACCUAAUAUGCAUACUAAAGAAGGUAGAAUAAUAGUCACUACACGGUUUCCGGCUGUUGCUACAGCACGUAGAGGACAAGAAGGCGACCGUGUUCAUAAAGUUGUCCCUCUUCCCCUUGAAAAAUCCGGUGUGUUAUUUGGGCAAGCUCACUCUGAAUCCAAACCAAGUGAAGCUAGAACUAUUCCAGAUGAGGCAUGGAAGAUAUGUGGGGGUUUGCCGUUAGCCAUUGUCCUCAUGGCUGGUUAUGUGGCCUGCAAUGCACACAAACAUCUCAUCUGGGAUGAAAUUUAUGCUGCAUUAUUUCCUGACAAGAAGAGGCGUGAUGAAAUGAAGAAUGGGACCAUCCUUAAUCCUGCGUCUGCUGAGGCUGGUAAGGACACAAGGAAAGGUCUCACUCAGGAGGAGUUAGCCAGGAUAGUUAGUCAUUGCUACAAUGACAUGCCUGCAGAGAUCAUCACCUGCUCCCUGUAUUUGGGUAUAUUUCCCAAGGGCAGCAGAAUUAGCAGGAAGCGACUCAUAAGACGAUGGAUAGCUGAAGGCUUUGUUAGCGAGAAGGAUGGGAUGAGCGUGGAGGAUGUUGCUGAGACGUACUUUGGUCAUCUGGUAAGGAGGAAAAUGAUACGACCAGUGGAGCACAGUAGCAGCGGCAGGAUCAAGCAAUGUGUAGUUCAUGACAUGGUUCUUGAGCACAUUGUAUCCAAGGCAAGUGAAGAGAAUUUCAUCACUGUGGUUGGCGGCCACUGGCUUAAGAACACACCAAGCAGCAAGGUUCGUCGGCUGUCCCUCCAAGGGAGUGAUCCCAAGCGUGCAAAGGACAUCGAAAAGAUGAACCUGUCCCAUGUCCGGUCACUCACCAUGUUUGAGAGCUUGAAGCAGCUGCCCACCAAUUCUUUCAAGUUUGGAACAAUUGUACAGGUCCUGGAUCUUGAGGGCUGCACGGAUCUCAAAGAGCAACAUGCCAACGAAAUAUGCCGCAUGCUUCUUCUCAAAUAUCUCAGCCUCCGAAGAACAGAUGCUAAGGAGCUUCCGAAAACGAUUGGAAAACUUGAGAAUCUAGAGACACUGGACAUAAGGGAGACCAAAAUUGUUAAGCUUCCUAAGGAAGUGUGUGGUCUUGAAAGACUGGUCAACAUCCUUGGUGGGGAUAAAGAAUUACGCAGGGCACUGAAGCUUCCGGAAGAGUUUGUCAAGAAGCAGAAGAUGAAGGGCCUGCGCACAUUGUCAGGGAUUGAAAUUGUUGGGGAACUAGAGGACCUGCAUCAUUUGACCGAUUUGAGGAAACUUGCCAUUUAUAAGCUCAAACUCACAGGGGAUAAUGCAAAUUUGAAAUUAAGUUCCUCUAUCCAGUACCUCUGUGGCUACUCUCUACACACCCUUGUCAUCCAUGAUGAGACAUCCGAUUUUUUCAAAUGCCUGGAUGAGAUGACAACCCCACCAGAAUCCCUUGUUACCCUCGAGUUGUCUGGCAUGAUGGUUCAUCUCCCAGUUUGGAUCACACAACUUUAUGCUGUUACUAAAUUGACCUUAACAAUGACAGCUCUCCGGAAAGACAACUUAAGCAAGCUAAGCAAUCUCAAAACAUUAUUCUCCCUCACUUUUACACUUGCUGCAGAAAAGCAGGGUCCAGAUACUAUGGCCAUUCUUGCAAAAAACAAGUUGUUCUCGGAUGGGCAGAUCAUAAUUCCAAAUGGUGGAUUUGAGAACCUUAAGCUGCUUCGUUUGUGUGCUCCUCUCGUUCCAUUGCUGAUAUUUUCAGAAAAGGCCAUGCCAAAGCUUGAAAGGCUUGAGGUGCGGUUCAAAAUGUUGGAGGGCAUUUAUGGCGCAGAAAAUCUUGCAUCACUCAAAGAGGUGUAUUUGACAUUAAAUGACAAAGAUGGUGAGGUUAUAACCAAAUAUAUUGCAGAAGAGGUGAGAAGUGCAGUGAAGGGAGUUGCUGCCAAGGAGUCCAUUGCCAGGAUUAUCCUUCAUAUCGUCGAGACAGAUUAAGAUUAUUAAUGCCAUUUGUUUGGGUUCAAUUUUCUGAGUCCUGUGUAGUAUUGUCCUAUUGUCACUUGUGCAUGUUGGGAAUUCUUAACUUGAUUAUUUAUUUAUUCUGGGUGUUGUGUUUAAGUGUUUAUUUAUCUUUAAACUCAGUAUUUGUUUAUUCAUGUUAAUUAGUGCAACUGAUGACUUUACCCA